AUGAAGAAUGCCAAGGCUUGCUUACAAUGCCGAGCAGCAAAGAGGAAAUGUCGAUUGUUGUCUGGUAGAAAUACAUGUUUUGCAUGCCAGCAACGGGGUGAAUUAUGUUCUUCAACUAAGCUGAGCAAAGCAUCGACCGCGACACAUCUAGCACCUCUAGUAAGAGUAGGAACGACAACAUCUCCUGUAACGGAUAUCGACGACCUCCUAUCGCCUCAAAUACAAUGGGAAUUAGUCACCAAGUACAUGGCUUAUAUUCACGAUCGGCCACAGAGCAUCUUUCACGAACCUACCCUCAAAGACCAAGUGCAGCGAAGGGAAAUUCAUCCGGGCUUGCUGCUAGCAAUUUGCAGUUUGGCAUGCCGUUUUUCGCAUGACCCGGCCGUCAGGGCUCUUGAAGAUUGUUUGACAAGAGCCUGCAAAUUGAGGCUGCAAGCAAACUUGGAACAAUGCUGUCUAGCAACCAUCCAAACGUGUAUCCUUGUUGCAAAUGUUUGCUCUGCCAAUCUGAACACAGAAAGCGAGGCUUUGUAUUUUGGUAUCGCAAUCCGCAUGGCUCAGAUCAUGCGACUCCCCCACAACAAACUCUCUGAGAACCCGGCUGUUACUGAAACCAGAAAGCGAGUUUUCUGGACACUUUUUAUGGCAGACCGAUGGUGUUCCUCGGCUUCUGGACUUCCACGACAAAUCCAGGACAACGACUAUGCGAUUGAUUUCCCAAUUGACGAGUCCAUCUUCCAACAGCCUGGAUUCAGUCUUGGUGGAUCAACGGGUUCGACGUUGGGCAUAUGGGCAUACAAAAUUAUGCUUGCCAAGAUAUUUGGCCACAUUCAAGAUUUCAAUCGCUCCAAUGUUGUACGUGGCUUGUGUCAGCGAGACUUUGAUGGUCACGUCAAACUACUAGCCGAACAACUUGAUGAUUGGGAGAUGAAUCUCCCCUCUCACAUGCAGCUUACAGAUCAGAAUAUCCGGGAGUAUCAUUCCAAGGGACUUGGAGGCACCUUUAUUGAUCUCCAUCUUGGCUUCCAUCACUAUGCGACGCUGCUUUUCUUCAAUUAUUUGGAGUCCCGACGGCUGUAUUCCCGAGACAAAGUGCACUAUUCGCAGCUUUGCAAGUCACACGCCUUUCGCUUUUCCGAGCUGUUGCAGGUUUCACGAGAAAAAAAGGGAUGCGAAGCGGUUCAUGCUGCCAUUGGGCAUAUGACCAUCGUAUCUUCGGCGGUACUUGUGCACGUGCUACUGAUGGGUGAGGUUGGCGAGCUUGAAGCUGCGAGAAGUGGUUUGAUCUCCAACUUCAAGACCUUACUGGAACUGAAAAAGUUCUGGCCGAGUUUGGAAAAUCUGGUACGUUGGCUUCUUCCACAUUGA